GUCAGUUGAGAUUACUUUUGGUUAGGGGGAUGAUUCUUCUUGCUAGUAGUGUUGUUCUUAAAUUAAGCUCAUCAGUUUACAUGUUAAUUGAGUUGGGUUCUGGUGGUUCCGAAGCGAUUAUUGCUAUUUUCACGAGUUAAAGGUUGGUGUUGUUUGUCUCAUAGUUUUGGACGCCUAAUUAAAUCAUCUUUUACUGCCUCUAAUCUAACCGAUUGUCUCUUAAUAACGGAUGGCUCAGUUACCGGAGAUAUCUUUGGGAUUCUACCUGAGUUUUGGUCUAAUCAUUUUACAAUUUGAAAAUUAGCAUCUGAAUUAUGCACAUAGGCUUGCACAUUGCUCAUGUGCAGUGUGCUACACAAAGUAGCAUAAUCGUAAAUGAUGACUUUCUUGGCGUAGGAAGCAUUUGGUCUAAGGUCUACUUGAAAUCUUGAUACAUAAGGGUGGUUUAGGCUCCAGGUAAUAUGAGUAGAUCUUUUUCAAAUUUGAUUUCAUUUUUCUUUUUGGUCUAAAAGUCUGUGUAGUAGCAUAAUAAACAAGAUGCAAUAUGAAGUAUUUACUUUUUGCUUUAGGGUUUUAGUGAGUUGAAUUAGUCACUCAAUUUGCAUAUAUUUGAUCUUUAGCGAAAGUGGUUCAGUCCAACUCAUCUACAGUUUGACUUUUACAACUUGUUUCUCAAAGAAUUUGGACUAGCUAAUACCUUAUUUCAUCUAAAUAUUACAUUUUCUAAACUAACAAAAGCUAGUAAAAUGAUUAGUUCGGUUCUUAUUUGAUUAUUUCCAAAUACUAGCUAGUGUACGCAAGGAGAUUCUGAAAUUUGGCAUUAUCUUGGAGAAAGAACCUUGUUAAGCUAAUUUAGUGCCCCAUCGCAUCCAUAUCUUGUAAUUACUAAAUAAGUCGAAAUGAAAAAUGAGCAUCGAUUAUUAUAUUCUCAUAAGCACGGUAUUUUCACUCCAUUGGAUGGAAAUAAUGAAAUCCUUUCAACAUCAAGUUCAAUAGACUAAUUGAUAUUUUGAAUUAUCAAUUAUCCUUUGUGGUUACGUUUGGGGAGGUAGAAGUUUUGUAUACAGAACUCUUGCAAGAAUCUUCUUAUUACCAACCGCAAAGGGAUCAUUCAGAAAUCGCUCGCGUCAAAGUCUGUGUUCGGCAUCUGGUGGUGACAUCAGUAGGGGGCAUAGAUUGAAGAUCCAAUGCAAUCAUUAGUCAUGAAACCCAUAUCAAGAUUCAAAUGCUAUAGCAUCAGCUUGCAGAGAACCUCAUUCCCUCUAUCACUAAUAGCUAUCUUUCUUGGUCGUUCAAGCUUCUCUUCUGUGGCAGCAGCUGGAUGGAGGACAGAACCAAGUGCAUUGCCACGUAAUCCUCUAAGUAUAGUGAAUGACUUCACCAUGUACUGCUACCAAAGGGAUCUUGGCAAGGCAAUGGAAGCACUGGACUCUAUGCAAAGACAUAAACUAUGGGCUGAUUCCAUCACUUACACAGAGCUCAUUAAGUGCUGCAUAGCCCAUGGUGCUGUCAAACAAGGCAAACGAGUUCACCAGCACGUUUUCUCCUAUGGCUAUGAGCCCAAAACUUUCCUUAUAAACACACUUUUGAACAUGUAUGCGAAAUUUAAUUUGCUAGAUGAAGCCCAAACCUUGUUUGAUCAAAUGCCUGAAAAAAAUUUUGUCUCCUGGACAACAAUGAUUGCUGCGUACUCUAACGCUGAGCUUAAUUAUAAGGCCUUGGAAAUGUUGAUUAUGAUGCUUAGAGAUGGUGUUAGACCAAACAUGUACACGUACUCUUCAGUUCUGAGAGCCUGUGAGGGGUUUUCAACCCUCAAACAAAUUCACUGUUGCAUAAUCAAGGUUGGUUUAGAGUUGGAUGUUUUUGUUAGAAGUGCUUUAAUUGAUAUUUAUUGCAAAUGGGGUGAACUGAAAGCGGCACUUUACAUAUUUGAUGAGAUGGUAACUUCAGAUCUUGUUGUUUGGAACUCCAUUAUUGGUGGGUUUGCCCAGAACAGUGAUGGUGAUGAAGCGCUAAAUCUGUUUAUAAGAAUGAAGAGAUCUGGUUUUUGGGCCGAUCAGUCAACUCUAACUAGUGUCUUGAGAGCUUGCACUAGUUUAGCCCUAUUAGAACUGGGGAGACAAGUUCAUGUUCAUGUCAUCAAGUUUCAUCGAGACUUGGUCCUUGCCAAUGCACUUCUAGACAUGUAUUGUAAGUGUGGUAGUCUAAAAGAUGCUAACUGCACCUUCACUCGAAUGAUUGUAAAGGAUGUGAUCUCUUGGAGCACCAUGAUAAUAGGUUUUGCCCAGAAUGGUUACAGCCGGAAAGCGCUGGAGUUAUUUGAGGAGAUGAAAGCUUCAGGAACCAAGCCAAAUUACAUCACAAUUUUGGGAGUUCUCUUCGCUUGCAGCCAUGCUGGGCUGGUGAAAGAUGGCCAAUAUUACUUCGAGUCAAUGAAGAUGCUUUAUGGCAUUGAUCCUGGAAGGGAGCAUUAUGGCUGCAUGGUUGAUCUGCUUGGGAGAGCAGGGAAACUUGAGGAAGCUAUGAAGCUAAUCCACAAAAUGAAAUGUGAACCAGAUGCUGUGACAUGGAGAACUUUACUUGGCGCCUGCAGAGUUCAUCGUAACAUGGAUCUAGCUGAGUAUGCUGCCAAAAAAGUUUUGAGCUUGAAUCCUCAUGAUGCAGGAACCUACAUACUGCUGUCUAAUUUAUAUGCUAAUACUCAGAGAUGGGAUGAUGUUGAAAGCUUGAGAAAAACCAUGAAGCAUGCAGGAAUCAAGAAAGAACCUGGAUGUAGUUGGAUUGAAAUAAAUAAACAGGUUCAUGCUUUUAUUUUGGGCGAUAAAUCACACCCGCAGGUGAAUUCUAUUUAUCAGGAGUUGAAUCAAAUCAUUUGGAGACUAAAGGCAGAGGGCUAUGUGCCAGACACAAAUUUUGUCUUGCAAGAUCUUGAAGGAGAACAGAUGGAAAACUCGCUUGCAUACCAUAGUGAGAAAUUGGCUAUUGUUUUUGGUAUGAUGUGUUUGCCAGAAGGGAAGACAGUAAGAAUUAGAAAAAAUCUCAGGAUAUGUGGCGACUGUCAUGAUUUUGCAAAACUGUUGGCCAAAAUGGAAAAUCGAAGCAUUGUCAUUAGAGAUCCUAUUCGCUACCAUCAUUUUCAGGGUGGAAUUUGCUCUUGUGGUGAUUAUUGGUAGCAUGAAAUCAUUGCAGUGACAAAGCUUUUAUAUCACAAGCUGAUACCUACUCCAACGACAAAUUGAACUAUGAUCUUCCUUUUUCCAGGUAUAUGAGAAGAAGCAGAAGUUUCUGGAAGGCAUUUGUGCUUGAGCUAUGUUAUUUUGCACAUUUCUUUGGACCCAUGUUCAUGGAUGGCUAAUAUUCAUCUUCUGAUAGGGAUGACAUGUGAAUGAAGUCAGAGUGACCAUCAUGCAUCUCUAUGACUUCA